UAAAUAGUUAAAUUUUAAAUUAUUUCCAUAUGACUAUGAAAAAUAAAGACAUGGAUCUUCCUUAACUAAGUGAAGAUGAAUUAAGUGAAAUUUAUAAUUGGGUUGAUAUUGUCCCUUUGUCAAGAGCUAAAAAACAUAUAGGAAGAGAUUUUGCUGAUGGAGUUUUAAUUGCUGAAAUUAUAUAACAUUAUGUUCCUACAAUAAUUGAUAUACAUAAUUAUAGUAUGGCUCAUUCUGUUUAAUAAAAAUAAUAUAAUUGGAAUACUUUGAAUACUAAAGUAAAAUUAAUCAUUAUUUAUAGGUUUUUAGAAAGAUGGGUUUUUAAAUUACAUAGAAAGAUAUUGAUGCUGUUAUUUAAGUGAUUCCUUAAGCAAUAGAAAGGAUCUUAAAAAUGAUCUAAUUUAAAUUAGAUCUUUUUUUGGAUCAACAAGAAUAAAAUUAAGAUUAAAAAUAAGAAAAACCUAUAGAACUUAAAAAAAAUUAAAAUUAAGUUAACAAUUAAAAACCAAUAGUUAACAAUAAAUAAAAUGAUAAAGACUAAGUGAUUUAAGAUUAGAAGGAAACAAUAGAUAUACUUGAACUUAAAAUAUAAAAAUUAGAACAAUUAGUGAAAUUAAAAGACAGUAAAAUGUAAUAGUUAACUUAAAAGCUAUAAUAAGCAGGAAUAAAAUGA